AUGAUCUUGUGCGACAACAUCUUUUUUACAUUUAGUUUUUUUUUCUGUUUUGUCUUCCCCAAUGGCACUGAAUCUGAUGCCUUCCGUCUGUUUCAGCUGGUCGUUCGGCUGAUGCUGGGUCACCCGCACCACACAGGCUACUCUCUCCUCUCCCUCGUCAACGCUGACCUCGACGAGAGCCCCACUGUCGACUCGCCUGCUCCGCGCACUUCGCGUCCUAAGCGGCAGAAGUUGGAUUCGCUGUCAGUGCCCGUUGUUGCGCCUGAAAAGGAUACGCGACAGGCGAUUGCCGCUGAGCUCUUUUCGGAGUUGUGUCAUUCGCAGAGCGGUCCGGUCUUCCUGCAGAUGAAAAAGCUGGCUGUGGCUCUCAUCGAAUUCGCCAAUGUGGACGUUGAGAAGCAGCGCGGCAGUACAGGUACGUGUCACAGUUGUCUUUGUAGGAACUUCUUUUUUUCUUACUUUCAGGAAAAUGGGCAUUAUCUCCGCGGUUCUUUUUCGUCUGCUGUUUAUCUUUUGACACUUAACCUACAUAUUAAUCUGCCAGCGCGUCUAAUUAAACUUAGCUUCCGCUUCCAGAUGCACGACUUUGUUCAUCUACUCUCGUGUGUAAGGCGUGUUGUAACUCUUCACCUGUUUACCACAGCGUAUUCCGAUCCAUAUUUAUUAAACAGCCUUGUUUGUGAUCGGUGA